CUCUAACGUGACAAGGAGCACCACUACUGAAAAGUGACGGCCCAAUGAAAAUCUGCCACGUGGCCCAAUACUGUCGGUCGUAUAUGAGAUGCGAAUAUCUCACCCACCCUUAAAUCCGAGAGACCUCAUCGCAGGCGAUGCUCCAAUUUCCUUAACGGCGAAUUCUGCCAUUUCCGGCGGAACUUUCCGGCAAGAACCAGCGCCGGCGAUGGCGUCCUUCAUAAGCUACCACCUGUCGGAGCACCCCUCAAUCGUCGGUUUCCGGUGGAGCCACACCCAAUCAUGGGGCUCCACGUGGUCAUUCCUCUUCUCCUCAAUCGCCCUCUAUUUAUCCACCGCCGUCGUCUUCCACUGCCUCCUCCGCCUCCUCCUCCGGCACCGCCGCCCCGUGGCGGUGGGCCCACUCCCGGCCUUCCACUCCCUCGCGAUGGCCCUGGUCUCCGCCACCAUCUUCACCGGCAUCCUGGUCUCCGCCGCCGCCGAACUCCGCGACACGCGGUGGCUGCGGCGGCGGCUGCGUACGACGCCGUUUCAGUGGCUCCUCUGCUUCCCGAUCGGCACGCGCCCCUCCGGGCGCGUGUUCUUCUGGUCGUACGUCUACUACCUGUCGCGUUUCCUCCACGCGCUCCGGUCGUUCCUCGCCAUUCUCCGGCGCCGGAAACUUUCCUUCUUCAAGCUCUUCAACCACUCCACCCUCAUCUUCUCCUCCUUCCUCUGGCUCGAAUUCUCUCAGUCCUUCCAAAUCCUCGCCAUUCUCCUCACCUCCCUCGUCUACGCCGUCGUCUACUCCUACCGCUUCUGGACCGCCGUCGGAUUACCCGCCGCCUGCUUCCCCGUCGUCGUCAAUUGCCACAUCCUCCUCCUCACCGGAAAUUUGCUCUGCCACGUCGGAGUCCUCUCCCUCCAUUACUUCAAAGGCGGUUGCAACGGAAUCGGAGCUUGGCUCCUCAAUUCUGUCCUCAACGGCGCGCUCCUCUUCCUCUUCGUGAAUUUUUACGUGAAGAUGCGCCGCCCUGCCCUUUCCACCGCCGCGCCGCCGCCGGCCGGAAAACUCGAACCAGUCAAAGAUACAACGGAUAUGUAA